CGCUGCAAACAGCCUGGCUGGCCCCUUCAUCCAUGGUGGACGAAAAGUGCAAUGCUGUGACCUCUUGAUCCACAUCAAGAGCCGCUUCUUCCAUUUCAGGGCUGCAAAUCUCAAGGGCAUUGUUCAGGAACCAAAGCAAGAACGCUGCUUGUAUUCUCUGCUUACAGCCACAAUGGCAUCGACUGCGUCUGCCUCUCUGAUCAAAGUACAGGCGGUUCUCGGAGGUGCAACACAAUGCCAGCAGUCUGCGAAGGCCAGAGGCAUGCCAGUGUUGUUGCCCAAGGCUGAAGGCCUGGGCUUCUCUGCAUCAAGCAGAGUGACCGGCCUCCAUCUGGCGACCUCUGUAGACCUUCCUGUGAAGAAGGUGGCGCACCGCCAUCAUGCAGUCUCUGUUGCUGCGGCUGCUGCGCCCCAGACGGAGGUCAAGACCGGGACACGAGGCAAGCUGAACAAGGUGGUUCUUGCAUACAGCGGUGGACUUGACACAUCGGUGAUUGUUCCUUGGCUCAAGGAGAACUACGGCUGCGAGGUGGUGUGCUUCACUGCGGACGUGGGCCAGGGCGUCGGGGAGACGGACGGCCUCGAGAAGAAGGCGCUCGGAAGCGGAGCCAGCAAGCUGGUUGUGGGCGACCUGACGGAAGAGUUUGUCAGGGACUACAUCUUCCCGUGCGUGAGGGCGGGGGCCGUUUAUGAGCGCAAGUAUCUGCUGGGGACGUCGAUGGCCCGUCCAAUUAUUGCUAAGGCCAUGGUCGACGUUGCUCGGGAGGUGGGCGCCGAUGCUGUUGCUCACGGUUGCACGGGGAAGGGAAACGAUCAGGUCCGUUUCGAGCUGACGUUCUUCGCGCUCAACCCUUCGCUCAAGGUCGUCGCUCCCUGGAGAGAGUGGGAUAUCAAGGGCAGAGAAGACGCCAUCGAGUACGCCAAGAAGUUCAACAUCCCUGUCCCAGUCACCAAAAAGUCGAUCUACAGCCGCGACCGCAACCUGUGGCACAUCAGCCACGAGGGUGACGUGUUGGAGGAUCCCGCCAACGAGCCCAAGAAGGACAUGUACGUCCUGACCGUGGAUCCCGAGGACGCUCCUGACACUCCCGAGUACGUCGAGAUCGACUUUGAGUCGGGGACGCCCGUCAGUGUCAACGGGGAGAAGCUCUCCCCGGCGCAGCUGUUGACGAAGCUGAACGACCUUGGGGGCAAGCACGGCAUUGGCCGAUGCGACAUGGUCGAGAACAGGUUGGUGGGCAUGAAGAGCCGCGGCGUAUACGAGACGCCAGGUGGCACGAUCCUAGUGGCAGCGGCCCGUGAGCUCGAGUCUCUAACACUCGACAGGGAGACCAUGCAGUACAAGGACCAAAUAGCCCUCAAGUACGCUGAGCUCGUGUACGCGGGCCGGUGGUUCGACCCGCUGCGCGAGGCGCUCGACGCGUUCGUGACGGAGGUCACCAAGUGCUGCACGGGGUCCAUCAAGCUGAAGCUGUACAAGGGGAGCAUCUCGGUUGCGAGCCGGCGAAGCGUCAACAGCCUGUACCGGGAAGACAUCUCCACGUUCGAGGAGGGCAACGACAUCUACGACCAGGCAGAUGCCGCCGGGUUCAUCAAGCUGUACGGGCUGCCUAUCAGAGUCCGCGCAAUGAACAGGGAGGAUAAGUAGACAAGAGUUUCGUACUGCUACCUUGCGAAAUAAAGGGGCUUCGUAGCUUACCUUGAUUGGAAAGUCUAGGCUUUCGCUUAAGCGUUUUGUAACCAGCCUGGCGAUCAGAUAGACAUUCUAUUGGAUGGCCGCUUACUCGUUGACCGGGGGUUUUAGAGGUGUUUGUUUAGUCUACUGCGAGAAACUUUUGCGCAGGGUGUUCGGCUAAUUUGAAAGGUGCAUACUCCCAUUCCAGAUGGAUCAAAGGCACAUUAUGUACUCAAAAGGACUUAAGAGAAAUUGCAAGCCGAGGAUCCAGCAGACUAAUAGUGACGAUAUUAUAUAAAUACGUGGCCGGUGCCGUUCAAUAAAGGAGGAAGUCCUAGUUUUUCCUGGCGUUUUGGAUGUCUCAUUGCAAGUUGCUAGAUGGACCAGGAUUCUGCAAGAUGUGAACGCAACAUAUGCGGCGUCGCUAAUUGAAGCUUCCGGCGCUUGUCAACACCGACUGCACGCCAUUUUAAU